UUACUAGUUUUUUCUUCUCCAAAUACUAAAAUACAAUACGCAAAAGGCAAAUAAUUGUUGAAAAUUUUUAAGCUUCAAGUAUGACGGCAAUUGCUGGUGGUCAUGGUGAGCCAAACCCCAAUGCUACAUGGUUGGGUGCGCGUGGGAUGUGGUUGGCUUAUGGCUUAGGUGUACUAACAGUACACUUGAUUCUAUUGUCGGUUCCAUUUAUUAGCAUUCCAAUGGCUUGGACGAUAACAAACCUGCUGCACAAUGCGGCACAUUUAUACUUUUUGCAUUUGAUUAAGGGAGCACCCUGGUUAAGCAUUGAAAAUGACGGUGCACGUCGUUUAACUCAUUGGGAGCAAAUUGAUGACGGCGAACAAUUUACAGCAACGCGUAAAUUUCUUACAGCUGUUCCGAUUGUAUUAUUUUUGUUAACUUGUAUCUAUACAAGGAAUGAUCCUGAUCAUUUUAUCGCAAAUUUCAUUUCACUUGUGCUGGUCACCUUGCCUAAACUACCACAAUUCCAUGGUGUGCGCCUUUUCAAUAUAAAUAAAUACUGAAUUGUGAAUUCUUAAAGGGUUUUGGGAGAUACUAGAUAAGGGAACUAUUGUUUGUUUGCAAUUUUUAGACUGAAAGGAUAAAAUCAUUUCAAAAUGAAUAUUAACAAAUUUCUUUAUACAUA